AGUCUUGGACUGUACGCAACUGAUUGCGCGUCUAACCGUGUCUUUAGACUGUACGUUCUCACGUCUUGGAGUUGGGCAGUGCGCCAAUUUUGAAAUGUUGGUCAAAAAUGUGCGUUUAUCUCGGAAAUUGAUAAGUCGACCUUUUUCCCAAACUCUUAAUCCUGGUGUUAUCGAUGGUGUGAGUUCUGAAUGGGAUAAUGCUUUACCUUACAGCAGUAUACCAGGACCAAAAGCUCUGCCUUUGGUAGGGAAUACGUGGAGAUUUUUACCUUACGUCGGUGGCUUCCAGAUAGAGCACAUCGAUCAACUAUGUAAACAACUCCACCAAAAAUAUGGAAAAAUAGUGAAAAUGGAAGGUCUCCUUGGCAGACCAGAUAUGUUGUUUCUCUUUGAUCCUGAUUUGAUCCAACGUGUUUUCAAACAAGAGGACAAUUUGCCUUAUAGGCCCUCAAUGCCAUCCUUGACUUAUUACAAGCACAAGCAUAAGAAAGAGAUAUUCGGUGAAGAUGGAGGUGUGAUAGCUGUGCAUGGAGAAGAAUGGCAGAAAUUCAGAUCUAAAGUGAAUCAGAUCAUGUUGCAUGCUUCUGCGGCUCAUCAGUACAUUGAUACAAUAAAUGAAGCUGGUAACAAUUUCAUAGAAAGAAUUGAAUUCCUAAAAGACGAUAAAGAAGAAGUUCCUGGAGAUUUUUUGAAUGAAAUCCACAAAUGGUCAUUAGAAUCCUUGGCUAGAGUUGCUCUGGACAUCAAGUUGAAUUGUUUGGCCGAAAAUCCAAAGAAGCACACACAAGAAUUAAUAGACGCAGUUAACACCUUUUUUAUGGGAGUUCCAAUUUUGGAGUUGAAAAAUCCAAUGUGGAGGAUUGUUUCUACUCCUUUGUUCAAGAAAUACAUAAAAGCUUUGGACACAAUUUAUGAAUUAUGUAACAUACAUAUAGAAGACGCUAUGAGGAAUCCUUCUUCUUCUACUGACGAAAACUGUUCCGUCUUACAGAAAGUCUUGAGGAAUAACAAUCCAAAAACAGCCAAAAACCUAGCUUUAGAUUUGUUUCUUGUAGGAAUAGAUACAACUUCCAACGCAGUAGCUUCAAUUUUAUACCAGUUGGCACAACAUCAGGAUGUCCAAGAAAAACUAUACAAGCAUCUAGUAUCUAGUAAGAUCACAGCAAAUUCAGACAUAACUAUUGAUUUUCUAAACAAAUCUGGUUACUUGAAAUACUGCAUUAAGGAAACAAUGAGAAUGUUUCCAGUUGUUAUAGGAAAUGGCAGAUGCACAACUAAUAAUACUGUUAUAGGUGGCUAUCAAGUACCGAAAGGAGUGCAAGUAAUUUUUCAACAUUAUGUCAUCAGUAAUCUCGAUGAAUAUUUUCCAAGAAGUUCCGAAUUUUUACCUGAACGAUGGUCGGACCCAAAAGGGAAAACUCACAAUUUUGCUUCCUUACCAUUCGGCCACGGUAGGAGAAUGUGUCUAGGAAAAAGAUUCGCUGAUAUGGAGAUGCAGGUUGUCAUAUCUAAGGUUAUUGCAAACUACAAGAUCUCUUACAACUAUCCACCCUUGGACUACCACAUUCAUCCUAUGUACACACCAAACGGACCUCUCAAAUUCAAAUUCGAGAGAAGAAAACCAAAGAAUGACUCAUAAAGGAGAAAAUAAAAUUCAAUAUGAUUUUUCUGCCUAUGAAUUAUAUGAGACCAAAAGUUGAAUAAAUAUAUUUUUUAAGUA